CCACUGACAUUACCUGUUCCCUGACCGAGAACAACAUGGAUAAAGUUGAAAGAUUAUCCAAAAUAUCUGAUGAUUGCAUUGAUGAAAGUUCAGCUGAUUUACAUCAAUUAAGUCUGAAAAUAUGGAAUAAGCCUGAACUUUCAUAUCAAGAGGAAUUUGCUCAUAAAUUAUUGACUGAAACUUUGAAGGAGAAAGGUUUUGAUGUGACACCACAAUUUACACUGCCAACUGCUUUUCGUGCGGUGUAUGAUCCGGAUAACAACGGUGCUGGCAAAGGAUUGACCGUGGGCAUUAUUUGCGAGUAUGAUGCAUUGCCUGGUAUCGGACAUGCAUGCGGACAUAAUCUCAUUGCUGAAGCUGGUGUUGCAGCUGGAUUAGGCAUUCAAGCAGCAUUAAAAGGUUCACCUUCUUUGGGUCUUGGUCGAGUUAUCGUGUAUGGGACACCUGCGGAGGAGGGAGGUGGUGGUAAAAUAAAAAUGAUCAACAAUGGUUGUUUUAAUGAGGUUGAUUUCAUUAUGAUGGCUCACCCAAAUCCUUAUGAUGCUGCCUUUCCAACAUAUAUUGCCUGUUGCUCUGUGUCAGUUGUUUACAAGGGCCAUGAAGCCCAUGCCUCUGGUGGACCGUGGGGAGGGGUGAAUGCACUAGACGCUGCAGUUACGGCUUACAAUGGUAUCAGCAUGAUGCGGCAACAUAUGAAACCAUCAUGGCGAGCUCAUUGUAUAAUUGCUGAAGGUGGAACUGCCUUCAACAUCAUUCCAGCAAGGUCGAGACUUCAGUGCGGGGUUCGUGCACCAACAAUGCCAGAGCUCAAAGUUUUGAAGGAAAAAACCCAUGCAAUAUUUGAAGCUGCAGCACAAGCCACAGGUUGUGAAGUAGAAAUUGCCUGGACCAAACUGCCUUACAAAAAUCUUAUCACAAACUCCGUACUUGCUGAUAUUUACCAGCGCAAUGCAGCGGAAUUAGGUGUUCCAUACUUGCCUCUCCAUGAGCAAGCAGCAAAACAUGGUGGCUCCACAGAUAUGGGCAAUGUCUCCCAAUUCAAACCAGCAAUACAUCCGAGAUAUUAUGUUGCUGAUAAAAUCACCCACACCCCUGAGUUUCAGGUGGAAGCAGAGUUCAGUGAAAGCGUGAAAAAUGAAGGCGGUGAAUUGGGGGAUUAA